AUGACAAGAAUACCACUCCGCGAUAUUCCAAGAGUGUUAUCAAUGGGUGCACUGUGUUUGGUAUCCCUAAACAGAAUCGAUAACUUCAUGAAUGCCAACCAAAUUAAUAAAAACAUAAUUUCGAAAGAUAAAUCGAAAGAUACGACUAAAUCAAUAAUCCUUAAGAAUUCGACAUUUUCCUGGAUUACAGAUCCGGUACUAAAGAAUAUAUCGCUGGAAGUGUUUGAACCGAAAUUAGUGGCUGUCGUGGGUUUAGUGGGCGCCGGGAAGGANCUUUUAUCGGCACUUUUGGGUGAAUUGGAAAUUCUUGAGGGAAAGGCUUGUGUUAAGGGAAGUGUCGCUUAUGUACCACAAGAGGCAUGGAUUCAGAAUAAGACACUCAAAGAGAAUAUUGUAUUCACUAAUGAAUUGAAUGAUGAAUACUAUGAACGAGUGCUCGAAUCGUGUGCUUUAGUGCCAGACUUGGCUGUCCUUCCGGACAGAGAUCUGACAGAAAUCGGCGAAAAAGGUAUCAAUUUAUCCGGCGGUCAGAAACAGAGGGUUUCAAUGGCGAGGGCUGUCUAUUCCGACCGAGAUAUCUAUUUACUCGACGACCCGUUGAGCGCUGUGGACACACAUGUGGGCAAACAUUUGUUUGACAAAACUAUUGGAAGAAACGGUUUAUUAAAAAACAAGAUAAGGAUUUUGGUUACAAAUUGUGUCUCAAUUUUGCCAAAUGUGGACCAAAUUGUGGUCAUUAAAAAUGGAUACGUCUCUGAAUCGGGAACCUUUGAAGAGUUAAUCUCGAAAAAUGGUUAUUUCGCCGAAUUUGUGACCGAAUAUCUGUUGGAAGAGUCGGACAAUGAUCUCGAAAAUGGAGAGAAAAAAAUUAUUAAUAAAUUAAAAGAUAAAAUGAAAUUUUUGGUUAAAAAAAAGAAAAUCGAUGGUUAA